GAAAUGGAGGGCAGGCGAAUGGCAACCAGGAACAAUCCGAGAGGGUGGGCGCCGGUAGCGUCCCAAAGGGGAAGCCGGGCUGCAUCUCGGGGUUCAAGAGGAGGCCGUGGAGGCCGUGGAAGCCGUGGAGGUCAUCAAGCUCAAACUGUGAGUGAUGGCCAUGUAAGCUCGGUGUAUGAAACCAACACCGAGGACUAUGACUCAACCUACGUUCCAGAAACGGAGCAUGAGGAGACCCCGUAUGAUGGGGGGGAUACAUACACCGAUGAUGACGAUGAGAGUGAUGUCCGGUUCGCCCAAAUGGGCGAAUUACUUGAGUGGUAUCAAAAAGAGAAACUGAGGAGAGACCUUAGGCGCCAAGCGAGGCGUGGCUCUCGGGGAGGUUCGGGUCAAGGAAGCCGGGGAGCUUCCGUGGCCACCCCAGCGGCGUCACAAGGUGGGCGUGAAGGAGGUUUUGUUGUGAGAAUCUCCAAGUACCUCAAGGAGGCUAGGGCCUUGGGGUGUAGGUCCUUUGACGGCACCGGUGACAUUACCGUUGCCGCCGAUUGGAUUAAGAAGGUGAAGGAUGCAUCAAGGGACAUGCAAAUCACACCGGACGUGAAGUUGACUGUCGCUUCACGGCUACUUGAAGGGAUAGCUUCUACGUGGUGGGAGAGCGUGGAAGGGAAGUACCAUGGGGAAAUAACAUGGGCGGACUUUGAGCUAGAGUUCUAUGCUCAAUACUACUCCGAGUACGAGGUGAAUGUGAAACGGAGAGAGUACACUAACCUUAAACAGAAAGAGGGCGGCACAGUUAAGCAGCUGGAACAAGAGUUUAGAACCUUGGCUAGGUUCUUACCAGAGUACGCGGUUGAUGAGAACCGUAUGACGGAGCACUUUUGGGAUGCCUUACUCUUGGACAUCCGUGAUCGGGCUACGUACUCGCGCCACAUGACCUUUAGCGAGGUGGUGGAGCAGGGCCUUCUUGGGGAGGCCCAAUGGAAUGAAAGAAAAGAGAGGGACGCCGAAGAGGCGAAAAAGAGGAAAUGGCAUGGUUCGGGGCCGCCCGAGCAGGCACGGAGGGAUAAACACGGCGGAGGUGGGGGUUCGUUCAAAACACCGGCACCACCGGCAAAGAAGAACAGGGAUGCUCGGUGGCAUGCAUCCUCCUCUCAAAAGACGGGACCCCCUAGGUGUGCUAAUUGUUCGAAAAAUCACUUUGGGAAAUGCAACGCACCCCCGAGGUGUUAUCAAUGUGGGAACACGGGCCACAUGAAGGCCAAUUGCCCACAACUAGGAGGAGGAGGAGCUCCGGGAUCCGGAGGAGGAACCACGACGGGAAGGAACCGUGCGGGGCCGUCAAACGGCGGCACGGGGAGAGGCGGCGCAUCAACGAGCCAUGCCGCGUCCGUCAACCAAGGCGGGGCCCAAGCACGAGUAUAUGCUAUGACCGAGGCCGAUGCUCGGGCUAACCCCGACUCCGUCGCAGGUUGAAGCUAGGGCUUGCUACUUGCACCUUCUCACGGGUGAUAUCAAAUCAGGAAGACGUGGUUCGUGCUUCCUUAUUUUCUUUCAAACUACCGAACACUUGCUCAUGGAUAUUUGUUCUACUAUAAACUAUUUUUGGGGCUUGCAUGCCCAUGUUGUUGGCCGGUUGUGGCCUAUGACUUACCGUUGAAUAUUUCCGCUAUUCAUUGGUUUAAAUGUGAUGUUGUUAUGUAUGUUUACUACUGAGUAUGGAUGGAUUGUUUUCUCGAACGCCUUGUGUAAUUAAGUGGGGUUGACUCGCGGGUGACGUCACUUAAUUAUACGGCGGUUGUACACGCGCUUGGAUUUCGGUCUGGGGCGUGACAUGAUGACAAAAGAACUCUAGGAUUGGAUACGGGAUCAAAAGAAGACGAAAAGAGCUUGAAAACGGCGAUCAGGAUGACCUUCUGUCAAUCGUUCAAGCAUAUCUCUUUGUAGAAUCAUCCAAAGGACACAACUCAAGUUGCAUAUGAAAUCCAACUUCAAGGGAUACAAUUCCUAUGCCGACAUCAUUCCAAUAAUCUGAGAGGAAGAAGGUGAAAAUAGACGAUGAAGUCAGAUGAUCCCUAUUACGAUUUCAGAAUGCGACCUUCCACCAUUUUGAUCAUAUCUCUUGAUUAGAUGAUUCAAAUCCAAUUCGGCAAGUUGUGGUGGAUUGAAGACUUCAUUAUCUACAACUUUCGUGAAGGAAGCGUUGUCAAAUCCGGAAGUUAAGUAGGCACGAUUGUGUGCUCAAAGUUAGGCACGAUCGUGCGUGAAGAGAAAGCACUGCGGAGCUACUGCCAGGCAGGCACGAUCGUGCCUGGAGGUAGGCAUGACCGUGUCUGCCCAAAACGCGUGAUUGUGCCUCGGGAAAUCCCGAUUUGAGCCGAAUUUUGACUGUUUUCUAUAAAUAAGGCCUCCAUACUCAUAUUUCAGGGUUACAAACAUUACGGAGAGGCCUAGUCCCUUUUUUG